UUCUCUGAAAAGCAAUUUACAGAUAUUCAUAUAAAUAUCUAAUAUAUAUCACCGUGUAUAUUGUACUCACAUUAUUUAAACACUUUCUCACAAGUAAUCAGACGAAAAUAAUAUUACUAAACACAGUGAAAUGAUAAUUAGUAUGAGAGGUGAAAUAAAGCGAAGAAGAAUUGCCGCGGAUAAUUGUUUAGAAAUAAAUACAGGAAAGAAUCUUGCCGAAAUUCCAAAAGAUGCAAAUGAUAGAUUGUUCGAUGAAAUUAUUGGCCACAUAGAAGAUCUUUUACUAGAAGAUGGUUUUCAUGCCAUUCAGGAAGAAUUUUUAGAAAAAUAUUGGACCAUUUUUGAGCCAACUGAAGAGAAUAAAUUAAUUUAUACAGAAAUAUUUAAUGAAUAUAAUAAAACUGUGGAAACUUAUAUUGUUAAUUAUUUGCAAAAAAUUAUUCCACAUUUUAAUAUGAAUGUUUUUCUUCAUUAUUUGAGUGAAAAACAAGCAGAAUUAGAUGGCGAAGUUUUUGAAGUAUUAUCUGCAGUUACAGACUUUCUAGCAUUUAAAGAAAUGCUUCUUGACUAUCGAGCUAUGAAAGAAGGAAAAGUUCAAGAUCUUAGUUCAGGAAUAUCCAUAACGUCUGUAAAAAAUCCUAUCACUGAUUUUGAUUUAAGAUAAGAAUAACUUUUUACAAAUAUUUACUUUUGUGAACAAUUAAUUAGUAUUUAUGAAAUAAAAGUAUUUAUCAAAAA